AUUAUUUUGUCUCUUUGGGAACAGAGAGCUCAGAAACACAAACAAACAAUGGUGAGAGGAAGCAUUAAGGUUCUGAAAGAUGCGGCCUCUGGGCUCAAUAACACCCUAUACGAGAGACUCGUCUGCCCGCUUUCUAGGCAACCCCUCAGGUUCUGUGAGGAAACGAAUUCUUUGAUCAGUGAUGCUAUUGGUGUUUCGUAUCCUAUAAAGGAUGGGAUUCCUUGCUUAGUACCAGCGGAUGGCAAGAUGCUUGAUACAGAUGCAAUAAAACGUGAAGAGGGUGGGGAAUCCUCAGGCAAGAGGGAAGCAGAUUGAGGAGGCAGAGGUAGUCACAAGAGAUCAAUUGUGAAGCUUAAGAUAGAUCCCACACCUCUUACUUGAGCUUCACUGUCUUGGUCCUCACAUGACUUUCAGGCCUUUCCCGAGUCUUCCCUGACUCUAAUAGGUGGAAUUUAUCAUCUUUUAGAUUGUUGGAUGAAAAACCAAUAAUUAGAAUGAUCAGGACUUGGACCAAGAUAUACACUAUAUGAAGAAAGCUUGGCAUCUAGUUCCCUUACUAUUUUAUUUUAACCCUUGUCGGGUUUUAAAUCCAGGACCUGAACACCAAGCAUUUUGCAAGGAAGCCUUAAAGUAUGCAUCUAGGCGUGAUAGAGCCAUUAGCUUGUCUGAUUUUCGCUAACUACUAGUAUG